ACAACUAUCAUAGCGGCUAUAACAAUACCAAUGAGUGGAGACGCUCCACAGCCUCGGCUCCAAGCCGAUCCGUCAGUCUCUGAACAAGCGUUCAAGCCGAAGGUUGUUUGCCAGCGUUCCAUUCCAUUCCGUUCCACUCCGCACCAAAUCCGCAGCCUACCGAAGCUAGUCCAAAGUGCAGGCCAGUUGUAGUUGCAGCAGACUCUAGAUCAAUCCGGACCUAAACAGGAUGGGUUUCAUCUUCGGUUGGUUGCCAACCGAGCACUAUGUGCGCGACAUCUUUCUCCUGACACUGUCGGCGGCCAUUGCGGCCACACUGAUGAGCAUUCGCUUCUACUUGCGCAUCACGGCGGGACGUUGUUUCACCGAGACCAAAAUGGAGGGCAAGACCGUUAUCAUCACCGGCGCCAACAGCGGCAUUGGCAAGGAGACAGCCAAGGAUCUGGCCGGUCGUGGAGCACGCGUCAUUAUGGCCUGCAGGAACCUAGAGACGGCAAAUGCAGUCAAAGAUGAAAUCGUCAAGGAGACAAACAACAGCAAGAUCCUCGUCAAGAAGCUGGAUCUGGGCUCCCAGAAGUCGGUGCGCGAGUUUGCCGCUGACAUUGUCAAGACGGAGCCCAAGAUCGAUGUGCUCAUCCACAAUGCGGGCAUGGCGCUGGCCUUCCGCGGCCAGACCAGCGAGGAUGGUGUGGAGCUGACCAUGGCCACCAAUCACUAUGGCCCCUUCCUGCUGACGCAUCUCCUCAUCGAUGUGCUGAAGAAGAGCGCCCCGGCACGCAUUGUCAUCGUCGCCUCGGAGCUGUAUCGCCUGUCGUCGGUGAAUCUGAACAAGCUGAAUCCCGUGGGCAGCUUCCCCGCCGCCUAUCUCUACUAUGUGUCCAAGUUUGCCAACAUUUACUUUGCCCGCGAGCUGGCCAAGCGGCUGGAGGGCACUCGCGUGACCGUGAACUUCCUGCAUCCGGGCAUGAUCGAUUCGGGCAUCUGGCGCAACGUGCCCUUCCCCCUCAACCUGCCCAUGAUGGCCAUCACGAAGGGCUUCUUCAAGACCACCAAGGCCGGGGCCCAGACCACCAUCUACCUGGCCACGUCCGAUGAGGUGGCCAAUGUCCACGGCAAGUACUACAUGGACUGCAAGGAGGCCACGCUCAAUGCCGCCGCCCUCGAUGAGGAGAAGGGCCGCAAGAUCUGGGAGGAGUCCCUCAAGAUUGCCAAGCUGACGCCCCAGGAUCCCAAGAUCUAAGCUGGCAGGGGACUCGUUCCGUAAUGCACAGCACUUUAGUAGAUUCUUUCGGCCUCUAAGCCAAUUCAACUGAUUUGAUUUCUUUGUAAUUAAGGGGGAGCUAA